AUGCCAAAAUCGACAAAAUUUUCCGUGCAAAGUGUUAAGAAUCUGAUUGGUGGUGAUCGCAUCAUCGAAGUGAUCGAAGUGAAUUGUCAAGGAAGUCGUCAGAUGACACUCACUGAUUUCAUCAAAUACUACAGAAGUGAUCCAUCGAAACGAACGGUUCUGUUGAAUGUUUUAUCGCUGGAAUUCUCGAUGUCACCUCUCGGUGAAAAAGUCCUAUCGCCGGCACUUGUCAGAGAGAUCGAUUGGGUCGAGCUCUAUUGGCCACCUGAGUUGAGGGUCGUUGAUGAUUCGGAUGGCGAUUUUCAACCACCGUUUCCGAAAGUUCAACAGUCAGUUUUUUCUAUCUGCAAAUUAAUGACAGAUUUAAUAAUCGCCACUAGAGUUUGGUUAACACAUCUGAAAAAAUGA